AUCACUUUUCCAUGGCGGAAAUUUUACUGAAUAUAUUGCUUCAUUGUCGAUGUACUUUAAUUUCUUAUUUUUUUGCGGUCAUUCAUGUGUAUGGUUUGUUAUGCGUGUCUCAUUCGUAAACAAGUAUCUGUCACAUAUCAGGCGCACUUGCCUGAUCAACCUGCUACAUUAAGGACUUGCUACAAAUGUUUGACAUUAUAAGUGAUAUUUAUCAACAAACGGAACAGAAAUGGAGUUGGACAGCGUUAACAGUUCAAAAAAGGAAAAUGGAAUUAAUGGGCAGGAUACAAAAAAUAACAGUGGAGACGAUGCGAAACAACCGUUUCUAGCUAUAAAGCCAUGGCUUAAUAACAGAAACAGUGAAUCAAUCAAAUCCACAGACUCAGAGUCCAGCGAGCCAAUCAAGCGUGAACAAUGGUCGAGAAAUCUGGAGUUUAUGCUUGCAUGUGUUGGGUUUGCCGUGGGGCUGGGAAACAUUUGGAGGUUCCCGUACCUCUGCUAUAAAAACGGGGGUGGGGCAUUCCUGAUCCCAUACCUGGUGUGCAUGCUGACAUGCGGGGUACCAAUCUUCCUAAUAGAGCUUGGACUAGGCCAGUACACCAGCAUCAGCAGCCUUCAAGCAUGGGGGCGUCUAGCACCUGCCUUUAAAGGUAUCGGCGUGUCUUCGCUUUUGGUGACUUUCCAGCUGAACAUUUACUACAUCGUCAUCCUCGCCUGGGCAGCUCGCUACCUUGUCGCCUCCCUAGCAUCUGUUUCCGGUGAGCUACCCUGGGCCACAUGUGGUAACCACUGGAAUACUAACAGUUGCUUCACUAGUUUGUCUGAAAGUGGAAAUGUCUCUUUUGGAAACGCAUCCCAGGCUCCGAAUGGCACCACCGACGCUGUGAUUGAAUAUUGGGAGCGACAUGUCUUACAGUUAUCGGACGGCAUUGACUCCCCCGGAAGUGUUGUCUGGGAGCUGGCAUUGUCACUCCUGGUCGUAUGGGUGCUUGUCUACUUCUGUGUAUGGCGGGGCAUCAAAUGGAGCGGCAAGAUUGUGUAUUUCACUGCCAUAUUCCCGUACCUGAUACUGACAGUGUUGCUCAUCCGAGGUGUAACCCUUGAUGGGGCAAUAGAUGGUAUCGUGUUCUACCUACGUCCAGACUUCUCUCGUCUUACGGACCCGCAGGUAUGGGUGGACGGAGGGACCCAAAUCUUCUUCUCCUAUGCCAUAGCCUACGGUGCCAUGUUGAAUCUCGGCAGCUACAACAAAUUCAGCAACAACUUCUACAGGGACUGUGUUAUCAUUUCCACAAUUAACAGUUGCACCAGUUUGUUUGGGGGAUUCGCCGUCUUCUCUGUCCUUGGGUUCAUGGCCCGAGAGCAAAACGUCACCGUUGCUGACGUUGCGCAGUCAGGACCUGGUCUGGUUUUCAUGACCUAUCCUAAAGCCGUCAUCCAGAUGCCCGCAGCGCCGCUUUGGGCCAUCCUCUUCUUUUUCAUGAUUCUUCUAGUUGGUAUUGACAGUCAGUUUGUUGCGGUAGAGGGUCUACUGACGCCACUGUACGACUUGUUCCCCAAGCAGAUGUACCGUCCGCGCAACCGGAUGUUGUCAUCCGCGCUUUAUUGCGCCAUCUCCUUCCUACUAGGCCUCACAAUGGUAACGCAGGGUGGAAUGUACGUGUUUCAGCUCUUUGACUACUACAGUGCCAGCGGCAUUGUCCUGCUCUGGAUCUGCCUGUUUGAGACCAUCCUUGUCGGAUGGGUUUUCGGAGGUCACAAGUUUGUUGACGCCGCGGAGUUGAUGAUUGGUCGAAGAAUUCCCACGUGGUUUGUCGUCUGUUGGCGCUAUAUUUCUCCCGCCAUUAUUAUGGCGAUCCUUGGAUUCAUGCUCGUUGAUUUCAAACCGCUGACGUAUAACAAGACCUACGUCUACCCCGGCUGGGCACAGACGUUAGGCUUGCUGAUGGCUUUAGCGUCAAUGAUGGGUAUUCCUGUCGUCUUUAUGUGGACGUUCUACCAUACCAAAGGGUCACUAAGGGAGAGAUGGCGUAUGGUAUCAUCCCCUCUUUUGAAGGCCAACCAGAUACCAACACAUUGGACAGACGUGCAGGACAGGGAGGAAACUUUAUAACGAUGCAAAUUUUGUCUUUUUACACUGUUAAAUUAUUAUGAUAAGUAUUGCCCUAUUUUGAGGAGGAUUGUACCCGAUUGUUACCAGAAAGCUUGUGGUACACGUUUCUCGUAUUCCCCUUGACCAGGUAUGUUAAAAGGCAUAGAAAAAAGCUCUCCUCACCUUACACUUCAUUAAAUGAAUAGAUGUACCUAAAGAGACACUAAGAAUGAAUAAGCUUCGCUCCUUUUCUAAAUAACUGAUAUAUGCUCUUUACAGAGUAACAGGAAGUGUUUGUUACCUUGCUUUCUUUAAGUCUAUGUGAACUAUGUUUAAAGCAAUUAAAAAAAAAUGAAAUUUGCAAAAACGUUUGUUUAUCUAAAAAAAUGAAAAAAUGCAAGCCUUGUUUAUAAGUUGAUUUAUUUUCCUCCAAGAGAUUAAUUUUUUGAUAUCUCCUUACAUGGUACAUAAUAACAUAUACAAAAAACAACUUGUUUUCGCCCGCCCAUGACUGACACGCCCACCUUUGGUAGUUUUAAAGAGAGAAGUAAAUUUAACGGAAAAAUAAUUUGUCAGAGAUUUGUUAUAACUCCGUUUGCAAUUUUAUGGGAGAAUCGUUUGACAGUACGUUUUUUAAAUGUCCUUGACCAUCAAAUGUCUUGUUGAUUCAUGAUGAAAUAUAUCGUUGAUUGAAUAGUGUCAUACCUUUGCCUCGUGAAAUCAUUCCUACUUUUGUUUUGUAUUCCCACUAAAAUGUAAAAGCUUUCUGAGACAACACCUUAUAAAGUCUUCUUUUGUAAAAGUGCCUAGCUCUCAAAACAUGAACAUAUUUAUGAAAGGACACAUGUGUCAUGCGUGCUUAUAUAUCAUUGAACCUUAAAAAGAUAUUCAUCAACGUGUAAGUUGCCAGAAUAUUAAUUAUAGACAGAAAAAAUAAUUGACAGCUUAUAUAAAGCCUAUAAUUUUGUGGCGCAUGUAUUUCAUAGUCAUAUAAAAACCUGAACUGUUAAGUGUACAUGUAUACAAUUGUAUGCCAGACGUUUUGCACCAUUUUGCAUUCAUUAAAAUUAGAGUUAUUGCCCUUUGACGUAUCAACACUCGUUUUAGAGGUUAUACAGGUUUGUAUGUUCGGCCACCAUAACAUUGUUUUGAGGAAACUCCUCAUAUGUGAACAUUGUAAUAAUUUUAACUUGAACAUGACACUGAAUAAUGAAUUGGAGCUGUAAAAUUUGCCAGAAUUUAUUGAUUAUAAUGGUCCUUUGUUAACCUAUUGAACUAAAAUAUUGUAGGCAAUUAACUUUCUUAAAAGACCGUGUCCAACGAACAUAUGUCUUAUUGCAUACACUCAAGUUAUUUUCAUUUUCGCUGCAAUCAUUCUAAAAACAAAUAUAUUUUUUAAUUAUCAUUAUCAUGUUUAUUUUAGAAACAAGGCAGCUCAGACCAAAACCAUUGUUAUAUGUAUUUACAAUCGCUUGACUUAAUAAAUAUACUAGCGUA